AUGAAAAAGUGGCCUGAAAUACCGUCACGUCGACACUCGAUCAUCGUGAAGUCCUCUAACCUUCGACUUUUAGGAGAAGCAGUAGAUUGGACGAAUUAUACAGAGACGACAUUGCAAGCGAAACCGUCAUGUGUGGUCGCGGAAUCAGCAAAAGCGCAAACAACGGAUCUGCUUCCACCACACUCAACAACAGAAGAAAAGAAAUCCAAUUACAGCAAAAUUAAACAGAAUUUGCUGCAGCGUAUAGCUGAAGCUGGAACCUUUGAUGAUGGGUCCACUGUUUGGUCGUCCAGCACGGAUAGGAUUGAACUCGUUUCGACUAUGCCAAACCAUAAAUCGUCAUCGACAAAUGUCAAGCAAGCGGUAGGCCGCAUUCCCAAUCGAUUGGUUAUAAGUGCUCCUACUGGCACUCCUCUUGAGCUAGAUGACCAUGCGUGA